UUAUCACUGUCAUUAGAGAGCAGUGACAGUCACUAAUUAUCACUGUCAUUAGAGAGCACUGACAGUCACUGAUUGAUUUUAUUAUUUUUUAUACAUUUUGUGAUUUCUCCUGAGGACGGGGGAAUGAGGUAACCCCCCCCCCCCCGAAUCGAGUUGAGCCCACCUGUGAUAAUAAUAAAGGACAUUACCAGAAGUCCCGUCUGCGGAGCUGCCGUUCUUCCUAAGACUCUCCAGGCGAUCCAGACGAGGGAGGUCGAGUUUGUGGGUGUCCUGAGCUUAUCCCACAAACCACCUCCCUGGUGAACCUUAGAACCCCUGGUUCACAUGUCGGACUCGACUGAUCCCGGUUUCUGUGCCAUGGAAGCUGCAAUCCUUCCUCAUGAGGUCUCAGUGCGGGCCCUGUUGACCUUUCAUGAUGUGUCGGCUUGUUUUUCCGCUGAGGAGUGGGGGGUGUUGGAGGACUGGCAGAAGGAGCUGUACAAGAAUGUGAUGCGGGAGAUCCACACUACUCUGCUGUCGAUGGGCUACACCAUCCUGAACCCUGAACAACUGCUGAGAGUAGAUGAAAUAAAGGGAGUAUCGCCAGCUGGUGAGAAGUCAAAGGAGCAAAAAAAUAUACUGACAGCAGGUUCCCCUGUUUUUAACUCAGACAUCUCGCUAUGGAUCCGGGAGGUGGUGGAAGAUGACAUUUCUGCUCCUCAGAAGCUGGAGCACCCUGUAGUGUGGGAGAGUCCUGCCGCCUCAGAGGUUCCCAUUGUAAAGCCGGACAUUUUCCUGCGGAUUAAACCCGAUGAGCUGGUGUUUGAAGCCUGUCCUGACCCCGAACCUCUGUCUGGAGACAAAAUGUCAGGGGAUGAAGUCAUAGGAACAGGAAUAUCCGUCACUAUAGACGGGAGCACAGAGCCCUUCUGGCUGAAUGUGCACGAGACAGAUCACAACGAGAUCCUGAGCGGCGGGCAGCAUGAAGAUGAUGGUUUCAUCAGGAGUCCAGCUGAGGAACGUCUGACGGAUUUUCGACCUAAUGAGUUUACACUGGAAAAUGAGUCUCCUGAAGAAUGGGACAGCCCAUCACCAAUCCGACUCCCUCGUCCCAGGAAGUGCCAGUCCAUAUUUCGGAUAGGUCAGCCCAUAUCAGAAUGUGCUUAUGACUUCAUAGACCAAUCGAGCCCAACACAAGCUCGUCCAUUCCAGUGCUCCGAGUGUCAACAGAGCUUCACCGAAAGUGAGACUCUUCUCUUACACCAGACGGUUCAUAGGACAUGGACAUGUGGGCCACCAGAGGAUGAAGCAGAAGAAUACAUCAUCCCACCACAUCCAAAACCUGUUAUCAGAAGCUUGCCAGCACCAUAUAUUUGCGGAGACUGUGGGAAGGGCUUUUCUAACUCUUACAAACUGAAAAUCCACCAGAGAAUCCACACAGGGGAGAGGCCAUACAAGUGCCUUGUUUGCGAGAAACGCUUUCACAAGAGCGCACACCUGAAGGUCCAUCAGAGGACGCACACAGGAGAGCGUCCCUACGGAUGUCAGGUGUGUGGCAAGAGGUUUACUAAAUCCUACCAUCUAAAGGUCCAUCUGAGGACACACACUGGAGAAAGACCCUAUCAGUGUCCUGUGUGCCACAAAACCUUCAGUGUUAACUCUCAUCUUACUGUCCACCAAAGAACUCAUACUGGGGAGAAGCCCUUUGUUUGCUUUGAAUGUGGAAAGAGCUUUCGUCAGAAGACCAGUCUACUCGGCCACCAAAAGUCCCAUCAGAGGCUGGUAGAGCGUAGAAAGCUCACGUGGAAGACUUUAUGGCCAGAAAAGUGAGGUGGUGUUUUCCCUUACACUUUAUAAACUCAGUUACUAAUAGUUUCAUUGAAGAAGUCAAGUUCUGAGUCAGUUCUGCAAAUUUCGAGUCGAAAGUUGCAGUUCUGUGGAGAGGUCAUAAUGGAUCUAAGAUGUUGACGCUCAGAUGGGGUUUACUUGCGUCUUCCUCUCAUUGUAUUUUUUAUACACUCUGGCCCAUAAUGGUUUGAUACAGAAUUCUGAAAAGCACUUUGCAUGCUGGGGUUAAGUAACAAAAAAACUUAAUUUUUGGAAUGAAGUUCCAAAUAUUGGGUAACAUAUAACAGCGGUAAUCUAAUUGGAAGGUAAAAACUCCAGCCACCACAUAUUUUUACAUUGGUGACCUCCUGUAGAAGACCAAAGAUAAUUAGACUUGAAAAUUGUAGGAUGGAAUUGUAGAUU